CGACAUUGCAUCUAUAGAAUCUGUUGAACCUCUUGAUCAGAUCAGUUUUUGGUGCCUCACAAUCUCCACAAUGUUCAAAUUGGUAGCAAUGGGUGUUACAAUUUUUGUUUUGCCUUUUAAUGAUUGGAUUCAUUUGGAGAGAGAUGGAAGCCAAAUGACUAUAAUUGGGUAUUUCUGGAAAUGAUUGUGUUUAUGAAAAUGUUAACGCAAAAAUUCGUUGUACAAGAUGGAACGAUCCUUUGGAAAAUAGAGAAAAAUUUUGGUCAGGUUUCAAUUUGAAUGCUGUCCAAAUUGAAAGGCCUAGUGGAAGUAGUGUAUCGAGCACUCUUCUAUUUUGUACUCCUACAAUUAUUUCUUUUUGUAUUCGACAUUGGAGCUUCAAUGGUUAUGUGCCGUAGGUACAGAUUUCAAAAGGAUGGCGAAACAGUUGAGAAAAGGAUAUCAAUGGCUUUAACAGGCAUAAUAUUAUUCUUCCACUUUGUGAUUAUUUUUACAACAAUUUCUGCCAAUUCAGACUUCACCAAUUCCUUGCCACCUUUUGAUAGUUGUAUGGGGACGGCUUUUAAAUUAUUUGUUGGAAUGUUUAUAAUUUUUGGUAUCGGGUGUUUUCUAACACAUUUUUCAAGAAUUUUGUUGAUUCGAGAAAAAAGGAAGGGAAGACAAGAUUUUCAAUUAAAUAAUGGAGGAGGGAGGGGGGCAGCUAUGGAAUUGAUGUGA